AUGCUGUCUAACAAGUCCUCACAGCGACGGUCACCCAUUGCUGAUAGGUUGUGCAACCUCUCAAAUUUUUCGGGACCUAGCCAAUCCGAAAACGAAGGGUCGACGCCAGAGCCAGAUCUCUGCACUUGCACCCCCGGCGAGAAGCAUCUUUGUUGGGACGUCGACUACGAAGUCUACGGCGUCAUCCACAACAACGACAUAGGUUGUAUAACUUGCAAUGAUUUCGCCUCUCACAUUCAUCAUUCUCGCCAACAAAAGGUACGAGGAAUCGAGGAAGCCUACGCCAAGAUGCAUGAACAUCACGAUAUACUGUGGCGGCGGGGGUUAAAAGAAGGGGCUCGUAGGUACUCGUCUACAGCGCCAUUGGAUGAUCUCCAGGUUUUGGAAGAGGAUCUGAAUAUCGCACAAAUAAAACAGGCGAAAGCUGAAGAAGAACUCAAAUAUCUUACGCGAGUUGUUCUUGGACAGAUUUCGUUGGUCGAAUUUUUGUCCACGUUCACGCACCCCACUUUUGCGACGCGAGAGGAGUUCUGGUUAAGCAUGUCCGAUACUGCUGCUACCAACACUACCAAGUAUCUCUGGAACGACGACGUCAACGUCGAGAAUUUGAUCCUCGCUCAAGAUUCUUCCUUACGCCACAUUACUCCUGACUUUCAGCUAAAGUCCUCUGCCAAAGUCAGUGAUAUUAGGCAUAGGGCUGACACGAGCUUACACACGAGCUUACAAGUCUCUACUGAUAAUCAUAAAUGCGACCAUUCUUCCUCUAGCUCUGCUAUCCCGCGCGCGUCCCCCAGUACCGAACAUCCUACCAUCUCGCGCCACAUCCCUAAUCUUCGUCCUGGAGAAGAUAUUCCGGGUUACUAUGAGGGCAAUCUUCGGACAGGAAACUUGAGGGAGGUCUUGACCACUCUAUUUGAUGAGGCGCAUUCUGGCGACGCCGAUGCUCUAGCCAAGUGCAAAGCUCUUUGCAGAGAAGCUCAUAUGGUUGAUACUCCGGACAGAACUUUUGGAAUGCGAUAUGUGCUCAUCCAUUGGAAGAAGCCUCCCCUCCCUGAUUCUCCAUUGUCCCGGACUUCGCGCCGCACAGGAAGAAAUCGCCACCGAGAUCGACGUCCAGGCCAUAGCUCUGAUACGAGCAACGUUGUCCUGGUCAACCCGAAACUUACGGACUCACCUGAGGUGUGGUUUGAGUACUUGAAAACGCACAGUCUUUCUUGGCCUAAUGGUGUAAGGAAGCAGAGCAACGGAGAUCCAUGGAUGGCUGAUUUGAGAGCAUCUCGUAUGUUCGCGCAGUUUCGCCCUCUUCACGAGGAUAUGACUUAUAUCCGAAACCAAUUUACUAUCGCAACGCUUUCCCUGUUCACUGACAAGGGACGCUACAAAAUUUUAGUUAGGCAGCUGGGCCUUCGAAUUUCCCCUGUGGCCAAGUAUGUCCCUUUCACAGGUCAAUCUGGUGGUUCUGGCAAUGUUUCGGAAGAGGACGUAGCGCGUCAUUAUGCGUCCUGUGGCGUGACCGUGCAGGAGGUGGAGAAUGAGGUGGAAGGUUGGGCGAUCCAGUAUAAGCGCGAAAGAGAUCAGAGGCCUAGCCAGACAAGAAGCAUAGCAUGA